UUUAUGGGUAUUGUUUAACUCAGUGCCAGGUAGUAGUACUGUAGCCGUCCUUGUAAUAUAUUUGAGCGUUACAGUUUAUAUCGGUUUAGUAUGUUGUAAUUGACAUUAAAACGUGUAAUUGCAGGUGUCAGUCGCUCCUAGUGGUUAAUUUAAAGUAGUCGACGAAGAUAAAUAGUGACGUUUGAAGUUUCCCCACGGAUAAAACGGGCGCUAGGCUGGGAAAACGGCAGUGUUUAUCAGCGUCGGAGAGACGUCUUCUGGACCUGUACGACUUGUGGAAGAUGACCAGUAAUUUGGUCUGCCUUGUGUGGAUGAACAGGAGCUCAGUGUUGACAUUUUUAAGAUGUUUAGGUUAACUGUUGAACGCAAACCUGCUCGCUAAUGUUAGUUAGCUAAUGUUCCCUAUAAUUUGUCUGUAUUUUAGCAAAGCGGUGACCCAUUGAGCUCAUGUUAUUGUUAGCAUGUUUGCGCAGAGCUGCCGUGGUAUGCAGCCGUGACGCUAGGGUAGCCGCAGGGUUAUGUCACGGUCAGGCUAACGCAGUGUUCUGCAGCUGCAGCUGAUCCAGGCUUCGCAGAGUCAUGUCUCCCCGGCUUCCCAUCAUGUAGACAAUCCACCGGGACAGUCAGGUGACCGGGCACAGAGCGAAUUAGUGAGCAGUCGUUCAACUGGGUCACAGACAAGCAGACAGCUGGCACUGACACAGUUAAGCUAAGGAUUGAUGCUACCCUUAAUCAACGCCGUCUGAUCGGUAGUGAUAUUACAAACGUUCCAGCCUUCUCGCGGGGCACUUGAAUGCAUCAUCUCCGGCCUCCAGCUCCUGUUUUUACCUUAUGGGAACAUCAGAGGAACCUGCCAUGAAAUAACUGAAACUAAAGCAGCAUCAGCUCGGAGCGGAUCUGUCCCCAUCUGAAGAGGACAGCGGGGUUUUGAGGCAUCUGAGCUGAUCUACUUUCCCUCUCAUGAUGGAGACUGUGGGAGAUUUUGAGUACAGCAGGAAGGACCUGGUUGGACAUGGAGCGUUCGCAGUGGUGUUCAAGGGAAGACACAGAAAGAAAACUGAGUGGGAAGUGGCCAUUAAGAGCAUCAAUAAGAAGAACCUCUCAAAGUCCCAGAUCCUGCUUGGCAAGGAGAUCAAAAUCCUGAAGGAACUGCAACAUGAAAACAUUGUGGCUCUUUAUGAUGUUCAGGAAACUCCCAACUCUGUGUUCCUGGUCAUGGAGUACUGCAAUGGAGGUGAUCUUGCUGACUAUCUGCAAGCUAAAGGUACUCUGAGAGAGGACACACUGAGGGUUUUCCUCCAGCAGAUUGCUGCUGCCAUGCGCAUCCUUCACAGCAAAGGAGUCAUCCACCGUGACCUGAAACCCCAGAACAUCCUACUGUCAUACCUGGGCCGCAAGAAGUCCAGCAUUAGUGGCAUCCGCAUCAAAAUUGCUGACUUUGGUUUUGCACGAUACCUCCAGAGCAACAUGAUGGCAGCCACACUCUGUGGCUCACCAAUGUACAUGGCCCCAGAGGUCAUCAUGUCCCAGAACUAUGAUGCCAAGGCCGACCUGUGGAGCAUCGGAACGGUCAUCUAUCAGUGUCUGGUUGGCAAGCCGCCAUUUCAGGCUAACAGUCCACAGGAUUUGAGGAUGUUUUAUGAGAAGAAUAAGAAUCUACAACCUAUAAUCCCCAGGGAGACAUCUCCUCAACUUGGUGACCUUUUGCUUGGGUUGCUGCAGAGGAAUCAGAAAGACAGGAUGGACUUUGACACAUUUUUCAACCAUCCUUUCUUGGAACCAUCAUCCACCAUCAAAAAAUCGUGUCCAGUACCCGUCCCCAGCAUCCCCAACGCAGUGACAGAAAGUCCCUGUGGCUCCUCCCCCUCUAUCCGCUACAACUCUCCACCUUCUCUUCCAGAUAUGCAAACGUUGGUUGAGGAUGGUUUGUCAUCGCCUCCACUUGGUCCCCCCAACUUCCUGCAGCUGUCCAAGGAGUCUGCAGGAAGCACCAGCAGCAAGAACUCCUCCUGCGACACGGACGAUUUUGUUCUGGUGCCUCACAUCUCCACUGACAGCUAUGACCAACCAGUAGGAGCAGGUCACCGACCGUCCAAUGACUUUCUUAUGUGUGGAGGGCAGCCUCAGCCCACCCCAGGACAGACCACCAUGCUGUCACCGCGGGCAGAGACCACGCCUAUUCCUGUCCCCACCCAGGUGCGGAACUACCAGCGGAUCAAGCAGAACCUGUCCAGCAGCCCAAGUCCCACUCUCUACAGCUCUCCCAGGUCAGGAACAGUAAGGCGCUCCAACACGAGUCCUAUGGGCUUUCCAAAGGUGGGCUCGGGGUCUCCCAGUUCAGCGGACACCCCUCAGACGGCGGGGCGACGCCUCUCUACUGGCAGCUCUCGGCCUUACUCCCCAUCUCCUCUAGUGGGUACCAUCCCUGAGCAGCUAGGCCACUGCUGCUGCCACCUGCAGAACCAGGAGCCUCGUAGCCGCAGCUCUUCGGGAGGUUCUCCGAUUCCCUCCUCUCAGCUCCUAGGAGCUCGACUCCAAAGCGCCCCAACGCUGACAGACUUCUACCAGACCAGGCAGAAGCUCCAUAAACAGCUGUCUGACCCCGUGCAGCCUUCCUCCUGCUCCUCCUCAUCCUCUUGCAGUCAUUCCCCCCAGCUUUGUCGCCCAGCCAAUCUUGGCUCUUCCCCCACCAAAUUGUUGGGUUCUUCGCCUCGCACGUCUGACUGGCUUCAAAAGUCCCCAUUGCCCACCAUCAUUGGUUCCCCCACCAAGACAAUUUCUGCACCAUUCAAGAUCCCCAAAACGCAGGCGUCCUGUAACCUGAUGGCGCUGGCAGACAGUCCGCUUCCUAGCAGGACGCUGGCAGACUGUCGGGACAUCUGCAGCCACUACUGCAGCCCAUACCUGACAGGGCGGGCGGCGGCCCCAGAGGCCAGCAGAACCUUUGGCAGGUCUGUCAGUACAGGUCGACUGUCUGAUCAACCAAUCAGGAUCACUCUGGGUGGACAGGCCUACCAGGGCAGCACUGACAGCCUGAACACCGAGCGACCCAUGGACACAGCCCCCAGCAUGGCUCAAGGAGGAUCAGCCAGUCCCCGUACUGUCCUCUUCACCGUGGGCUCACCGCCCAGCAGCAGCACGCCUCCGACCUGCAGCCACCUGGGCACCAGACCUCGCACCACCUCUGUGGGCUCCAGCAGUUCGGCAGGCUCCUUGUGCUCCACCAGCGGUCGAGUGUGUGUGGGGUCUCCCCCAGGCAUGGCCAUGGGUUCCUCUCCACCAGGGAAUCUAGGUAUUGGGCAAGGUGUUCCAGGAGCAGACGGAGGACCCAGCAGCCUGCGCUACAUUCCCUAUGGGACGUCUCCCCCCAGCAUGGAGGGGUUCAUCACUUUUGAAGCUCCAGAGCUGCCUGAGGAGACCCUGAUGGAGCGGGAGCACACAGACACCCUGAUUCACCUUCGGAUGAUGCUUUCCUUCACCGACUGCAUCCUGGAGAUGGCGGCGCUACGAGCUGGAGGGGCGGAGCUCGGCAUGUCUGCUGCCUCCCUGUAUCCCCCUCAGGACAGUGUGGUUGUAGACCAGAUCAGCCAGCUCAGUAAAGAGUGGGGGCAGGUGGAGCAGUUGGUGCUAUACAUGAAGGCAGCUCAGCUCCUUGCUUCCUCUCUCCAUCUGGCAAAGGCUCAGAUCAAAUCUACCAAGCUGAAUCCCUCAACUGCUGUCAAACAAGUGGUCAAGAAUUUGAAUGAGCGCUACAAAAGCUGCAUCGCCUUCUGUCGACACCUGACUGACAAACUCAACCACUUCUUCUCUGACAAGCAGCGCUUUGUGGACGAGAUCAACAGCGUCACUGCAGAGAAGCUCAUCUACAACCACGCCGUGGAGAUUGUUCAGUCUGCAGCUCUGGAUGAGAUGUUUAAACAAACAGAGGACAUAGCGUACCGCUACAGCAAGGCUGCCAUGCUGCUGGAUGGCCUCUCCAAGAUCCUGCAGGACCCCGCCGACACUGAGAACGUGCUGAAAUAUAAAGCCAGUGUGGAACGAAGGAUCUCCUCUUUGUGCUACUGUACAGUGACACUGUAUGAGUAGCAGGCGCCGCCUGACCCCACCUGACCCCUUUAGGGCGGGACCACGCCCUAAAGAGACUCUGGAACUGAGGAACAUUCUCCCAGCUUCCUGUUCCUUCCUGUAGCAGCUCAAGCACUUUUCAUUUGUUCAUUCUUUGUUUUGGAGAGGAUUUUUGUGGCCGUUCAUCAUCAGUUUGUUGUACUGACUGUGUCGCAGACUGAGCUCUGAGUGAUGCACAUUAUUCCAACCAAAGAUGACAACAAAUCAAGAAGAAAAUAGCAAAACCAGAUGUGGACAUCAAAGCAUUCUUUUGAAGGUGCUUUUCAAUAUGUUAUGAUGGGGUCAUCGCAUCAGGUUACCAUAGGAAUCCUGGAUAUCAUUGGUUUCUAGCAGACAGUGAGACAGUGCUGUGGACUCUAAAAAGACUUGAGCUCUGGUUGGAGAAACGUAUGCGAGAUUGAAUUGGUGAUCAUUUACUCUCGUUUCAGUUUUAGUAUAUUUAUUUGGAAAUGAACAGACUUCUCUGCCUUUCAAGAAAACCUCAAGUAUUGCAGUUGAAGGAAAUCCAUCUCAAUGAACAAAAAGGAAGAAAAAAAAACACGAGCUGCUGUUGCAUGAACCGGACAGCCAUGAGAGCAAAGGAUCCUGUAGAUUUGUAAUCACUUUGUUUUAACUUUGUGUUUUAAACUCGAGCACUUUAUUAAGGAACAGAAGGAGGGGACAAUGGGAAGAAUAAUGUGAAGAUGGGGAGGACGCUUUUCUCAUCUCUCUUUUAAUCACCCUCAUGCAUGAUCAAUAAGUCCUCACACAUGCGUUCAAUCGGAUCAGUGGGCUGCAGUUUUCAGCCAUUUUAAUGCCUCUGACUUAUUUUCUGUUAAUAACAGAGCAACAUUUUGAAAGCUUUGCUUCUGACUUGUUGAUCAUGUAGCUGACUGUAAGGUGGGGUUCGGUUAGGAGGGACUGAGUCUUCUGACAUGAGCAUCCAGAUGUGUUGAAUGGAUGCACAUCCUUCUCCUGCAGCCAGCUCGCUGUCCACUGCAAACCCUGCUGAAAUGAAGCUGAUCUGUUGCAUUACUUCACAAGUUCUAACAAUAAGAUUCAUUUUUCUCAAGAAGAAAAAAUCUAAUCAAAUGCAGCUUUUUGUCUUAUCAGAACUGUAGCUCAUUUUUAAUAAAACUUAACUUGUUUGGAAACUUGUAUAUAUCUGAAUGAGCCGCAUGUCAGGGUUUUCCUUUUUGAGGGGUCCGUGUGUUUGAGGUCCUCCUGAGGACGGCAAAGGCUGCUGCCUGUCAGUCAAAGAGCACAAGUCUUUAUAUGUAGAUAGAUGAAUUUCUAUUGCUUGUAUUUGUGUUUGCCAAGGGUUUGAUAAGAAGACCAAUCAUUGGCACACCUGGCGCGUGCCAAAGAUUGCAACAAAACUCAUGGCAGUGCCACUCUUUCUACCGGGACUGUUUGUUGUUGAGAUCACAUUCUUUAGCGCUCGUUUAGAUCGCGACUCGUCUGUCAUUUCCUCCCACUUUGGAUUCAGAGUUUUCUCAUGCGUCCCCCUGCCUCCCUCUGAAGUCAUGUGCUGUGUUCCAAACACUGUAUGUACUGUAUGUGAGAGCUGCCAGGUGUGCAUUAAGGUCAAUAGUAUCUAGAUAGAACAGGAGGUGCCUUCUUCUCCUAAAAGCAGACACAGGCCUACUCCUCUGUACAUGUGUGAACAUGUUUAUCUGUGUAAGAAGAAAAACUCUGAGGAGUUUCAGGGCCUACAUUUCAGAUGUACUGUUCUUUAUCUAUACAUAUCCCUGUUUGAGUUAUUCCCUCCUCUUUGCCAUGAGCUCUGAUCAACAUGAAGCCUUUUACUGCACACAAACUAAAGAGGGAACUGAUGAGGUGGGGGGAAAAAAACCACAAUCUUUGUAGUUUUGGACUGUAUUAAAACAAGGACUGUUUAAGAUGAAGCAUGGGUACUAAGUCUGUAUCUGACCCUGUAGAACCUCUAGAAUGUUGAAUGUAUCUACCCUGUUGUUUUGCACCUCCAGCUUGAACUGAAUGCCUAUUGAAGUCAGUCACAACUGUUAUUAGACUCUGUCUGAGCAUCAGUUUUGCAAAGUGAAAUGUUAACUUUCUGCUCGUUUGAUUCAAAGCUGAGUCUCCCUUUGUCCUUGAUGGAACUCAAAUACAGUCUUUGUAAUUAAAAGAAAUGAAAAUGUG